AUGGAAAUAAUAAAAUCUGAUAAUUCUCAUCGAGCUUUUAAUUUUACUGAUGAAUAUUUAGAUUGGUUAAUAGAUGGAUAUGAUAAAAAUGGAGUACUAUUACCAUUCAUAGGAAUUAAAUAUUGUACUGAUGAUGUUGAUGAGAAGUGUAAAUGUCGUAGAUGUGAAAAAAGUCGUCGAAAUAAAUGGCCAUAUAUUGAAUCAUUAGCUGCAAAUUUAUUAUAUUUAUCUGGUUUGCAAAUGGAUGAAAUAAAUGGUAGUGAAGUUAAAAGAUUUGAAGAUUGUCUUUUCAAUGAUUUUAUAAAUAAUAUGCAGCGAUUCUAUAGUCAUGUUACUGAUUUAUGUUAUUCACAAAAUGAUGAAUUUAGUUUGCAUAUAUUAAAUUUAUUUAGAAAUGGAUCAUUUAACAAAAGACUUUAUAAUGGUGCAACUCCUGCUAUUUUUGCUAAUUGUUAUUCCAAUCAAGAAAGAAUGUCAAAUAUGACUAGUUAUUAUAUAAGAAAAAGUUCUAUUUUACAAAAAAAGUCUUCUAAUUAG